AUGAAUGAAGACACUGAAAUCUACACAAUAUCUGUAACCGUUCAUAUAAAGUGGAAAUGUAAGCAAAGAAAUACGUCAGCUCAAGCAAGAUUUGGACACUGUUAUUGGAUAUUGGAUAAAGCGCUGAGUAUUAAAUCAAGGAUGACACAAAAUACCAGCAUCCCAGUCAGUUAUCCUAUGAUGCCUCCGAUGGAUGAUUUAAAUAAAUAUGCACAUUUAUUGCAAGUUAUUGAAGAAAUGGGACGAGAUAUUAAACCAACCUACGCCAAUAACAAAAACGCCGCAGAAAGACUAAAAAAGAAUAUUCACACUGCUAGGAUUCUAGUCAGAGAAUGUGUUUCAGAACUUGAACGUGUUAUGAAAGCGUAGCAUUUUUGUCUUCUA